CGGAGAUCAUCCUCACGUUUUUUCAGGUCUGUUUGGUGUCGCGUUUGCGGCAAAUGGUAUGUGGACACCAUGACUGCCUCCGACGAUAUUUUGUAGAGUACCAUGGAAAAUGGUGCAGCCGUUCAGGAGCUAGACCUGUGUCUUCGAGACAUCGGACUUUUGGCGUGAUGUGAUGCUCAUAGGGAUGGUGAUGGAACGAGGUGAUUUGGAAGUGAUUGCAAAUAAUAUAAUAUUCAAUGGUUUCCCCGCACAAGUCCUGUUCAUUCAAUUUCGUGCUCCAUCAAACCGCGUCGAAAGCGGUUCCGUUGCUGUUGAGAACGACGAUGGGAAUCGCCCAUGCAACUUUGGCAACAGCACAACGUCUAAUAUAUAUAAUAUCGUGGAAGAUGGAAGACGACACACGGCGAAAGGCGCCGCGCAGGAUAACUUGAACGCAAGAUUCAACUUGAAGAGCUCAGUAGUGAUCCAGAGCAUCAACGUGUGGUGGGAAAGUCACGGUAUAUAAAUGAUGUCUGCCAGGGCAUGGUUGUCGAAUGGUACAGUGAGAGGAGAAUGCUUACAGUGGCAAGCAAUGCCUUUCUCGCUGAGCAGAGGUCAACCUUUCAUGACUCUUACCCAGGUCGAGCCGUGCUUUCUCUUCGUCGAGUCUCCAUUCCCUUCCUCACUUAUGUAUAAUGGCACGCAAAUCGGUCGCCGAUCGCUUCCUUGCGCAGCCGAAAAGUUGCUACUCCGUGCAAUCCAGCGUUCAAUCUCUUUUAGCCAUUGAUUGAUCUAGACCUCCGAGCACCUCGUAUGCUACGACUCCCAGCCACCUCCGUUUCACUCUUCUAUCGCUUCAAUCGUGUCACCAUCACGAUUGAAGGUCUGCACCUCUAAUCGGCUUCAGCGCCGACCCUUCCAUCACCGCUUCAUGAAUUCCAGCAACAUUACAAGCAAGUGCCAACGAAGCAUGAAUGUUGAACCUUCCUUCCUAUAAAGACAUCCCAAGCUCAAGCUCGUCAAUAUCUAAAUUCUAACCCUACGCCAAUAUGCAAACUUUGCAAAGUCUCGCCGUGUCUCAAGCCCAGACUGAUCUAUUCAAUUUGCGGCCCUCCAAUCGCGAAGAUGAUACCGCGAUCCUAGAGCCCUACACGUACCUCACCGAAUCACCCGGAAACGACGUCCGCGCGAAGAUAAUCGUCGCGUUCAAUAGCUGGCUGAAUGUUCCGGCCAGAGAGCUGCUUGUGAUUUCGAGCGUGGUUAGCACGCUGCAUAAUGCCAGUCUUCUGAUCGACGAUAUCGAGGAUAAUUCGGAUUUGCGCAGAGGACGAGCAGCCGCACACAUCAAAUACGGAAUCCCAAAGACGAUAAACGCGGCCUGUCAUGCCUAUUUCCUCGCCUAUCAGAAACUACUACGCGUGCUGGAUUCUCCGAGCGCAGAUAAUCACAAGCGGAUAUACUCGGAUCGGGAUCUACAUGAGAUCGUGACCGAGGAGCUACUCAAUCUGCAUCGUGGCCAGGGGAUGGAGAUGAUUUGGCGGGACUCGCUCCAGUGUCCGACGGAGGCGGAGUAUCUUCUUAUGAUCAGUAAUAAGACUGGCGGGCUGUUUAGGCUGGCGGUCAAGUUGUUGAUGGCGUAUUCUACGACCAACGUGGACGUGGACUACAUUCCCCUAGUCAACCUGUUGGGCGAAUACUUCCAAGUCCGCGACGAUUACAUGAACCUAGACAGUCCCGCCUACACCCAAAGCAAAGGGUUCGCCGAGGAUCUGACGGAGGGCAAAUUCUCAUACCCCGUCAUCCACGGUAUACGUGCGAAUCAAAACGACGGGACACUCAUCGACAUCCUCAAACAACGCCCCACAACCCCCACCCUCAAAACCCGCGCGAUCGCCUACCUCCGCUCUCGAACGAAAUCGUUCGAGCACACACACGAUCUGCUCGAACGGCUCGACGGGGAGAUUAUGGAUGAGAUUGCGCGGUUUGGGGGGAAUAAACAUUUGAUGGGGUUGUUGGAGAUGUUGAGGGUGCCGACGUUGAAUGAGUGAGUAGAGGCGGGGGUGGGUAGGGUGGAUGAUGGGGUGGUGAGGUUGAGGAGGGUUGAUGGGGUGGUGGGGUUGAGGUUGGAGAGAUGGGUUGUACGAGUGUUUGUAUUGUUAGGGUCAUUAUUGGAAUUUAUAUGGUCUACGAUCC